CCCGCGCCUGUCGCUUUUGCCAUACGUCAUUGGCGGGCGCCCACCUUGACGAAGCCAGAGAGUAGACAGCGGUAGAGUCGGCGGUGGCAGCUGAGCUGAGGCUAUAGUAGUGGCAAUAGCGACGGCGGCAGCGAUGGCCGGGGCGGGGCCGGCCCCGGGACUCCCGGGUGCAGGAGGACCGGUGAUCCCGGGCCCUGGUGCCGGCAUCCCGGGCAAGAGUGGCGAGGAACGCUUGAAGGAAAUGGAGGCGGAGAUGGCCCUGUUUGAACAGGAAGUUCUGGGGGCUCCAAUAACUGGAAUCCCAACUGCUGUGCCUACGGUGCCCACGGUCCCUACGGUCGAAGCGAUGCAGGUCCCAGCCGCUCCUGUGAUCCGUCCUAUUAUCGCGACCAACACAUACCAGCAGGUCCAGCAGACUCUGGAGGCCCGGGCAGCUGCUGCAGCCACAGUAGUUCCUCCCAUGGUGGGUGGCCCUCCUUUUGUGGGCCCUGUUGGCUUUGGCCCCAGUGAUCGGAGCCACUUGGACAGUCCAGAAGCUCGAGAAGCCAUGUUCCUGCGGCGAGCAGCCGUGGACCCCCAGAGGGCUCCUAUGCUGCGUCCAGCCUUCAUCCCCCAUGUGCUACAGAGAGCAGAUUCUGCUCUCUCUUCUGCAGCAGGCGGCCCCCGCCCUAUGGCCCUGCGGCCCCCUCACCAGGCCCUUGUGGGCCCCCCUCUGCCUGGACCCCCUGGACCACCCAUGAUGCUGCCACCAAUGGCUCGGGCCCCAGGGCCCCCCCUGGGCUCCAUGGCUGCUCUGAGACCUCCUUUGGAAGAGCCAGCAGCACCCCGAGAUCUGGGCCUGGGCCUAGGGUUGGGCCUGAAAGAGAAGGAAGAGGCAGUGGUGGCAGCGGCGGCUGGACUGGAGGAGGCUAGUGCAGCAGUGGCUGUGGGCGCAGGAGGGACCCCAGCAGGCCCUGCAGUCAUUGGGCCCAGCCUGCCACUGGCCUUGGCCAUGCCAUUGCCUGAGCCUGAGCCCCUGCCCCUCCCAUUGGAGGUAGUUCGGGGCCUACUGCCCCCACUGCGCAUUCCUGAGCUCCUGUCUCUGCGUCCACGGCCUCGGCCCCCUCGGCCUGAGCCACCCCCUGGCCUCAUGGCUCUUGAGGUGCCAGAGCCCCUGGGAGAAGACAAGAAGAAGGGGAAGCCAGAGAAGUUGAAACGCUGUAUUCGCACUGCAGCCGGAAGCAGCUGGGAGGACCCCAGUCUGCUGGAAUGGGAUGCUGAUGACUUCCGGAUUUUCUGUGGGGAUCUGGGCAAUGAAGUGAAUGAUGACAUCUUGGCACGCGCCUUCAGCCGCUUUCCAUCCUUCCUUAAGGCUAAGGUGAUCCGUGACAAGCGCACGGGCAAGACCAAGGGUUAUGGUUUUGUCAGCUUCAAGGACCCCAGUGACUACGUACGUGCCAUGCGUGAGAUGAAUGGGAAGUAUGUGGGCUCGCGCCCCAUCAAGCUUCGCAAGAGCAUGUGGAAGGACCGGAACCUGGACGUGGUCCGCAAGAAGCAGAAGGAAAAGAAGAAGCUGGGCCUGAGAUAGGGUCUGUGGCUGGGCAGCCACUCCCAUCCGGCCGGGUGCUGGCUCCUCUUCACAGUUUCUUUUGGAAAACCCCCAACUAUCCUCCCACCUGCCUCAAAACCAGUUUCAAUAAAUUUAUGUUCAUUUCCA